AUGUAUCGUUUAGCUCCAAAGUGCAGUCUCAAUUUCAAAGCAACGGCUCAAAAGCCAAUUGAAUAUAAUUAUGGUCCACGAUCUGUCGCUAUCAGCGAUUUCGAUAAUGACUCCGUUUUGGAUAUGGUUAUUGCCAAUCAUAUAGCCAACAACAUAGCGGUAUAUUUGGGAAAUGGUGAUGGCAGUUUUCGAAAUCCAAUCAUAUAUUCAACAGGUUCCUACUCUAGCCCAUACAUGGUCACAGUUGCUGAUUUCAACAAUGACAACCGAUUGGAUAUUGCAGUAGCGAAUUUCGGCACUAACAAUAUCGGCAUCUUUCAUGGAUUUGGGAGUGGAUCUUUUGCAAGUCAAAUAGAACUUUCAACAGGCUCAUCUCAUCCGAUAGCAAUUAUUGCCGUUGAUUUCAACAAUGACUCACUACUUGAUAUUGCCAUUGCGAAUUACGGAAUUCACAGUAUUAGUAUAUUCUAUGGAUAUGGUCAUGGAAAUUUCUCACCUCCAAUUACGUAUUCAACAGGUUAUGAUUCUCUUCCAUCCUCAUUAGCUGCUGGAGAUUUCAAUAACGACAACUAUCUGGACCUUGCCGUCGCCAAUUAUGGCACGAAUAAUAUUGGCGUACUUUUUGGAAAUAGUAAUAGAACUUUUGAAAAACAAAUCACGUUUUCAACUGAACUUGGUUCCCAUCCAUAUUCAAUCGCUAUUGGCCACUUUAAUGACGACGAAUUUGUUGAUAUAGCUAUCGCCAAUUCUGGAACUCAUGAAAUAGGUGUACUUUUGAACAAUGGCAAUAGAACUUUCGCUAAUCAAGCCACAUAUGCCGUUGGUUCUGCUUCUCCAUAUGUGGUUUGUGUUGGAGACUUCAAUCAAGAUAAUCGAUUAGACAUCGUCAUCACUAAUAAUGGCAUAGAAAAUAUAGGUGUACUUAUUGGAUAUGGAAACGGCCAUUUCGAAAAUCCAACUAUGUAUUCAACUGAAUCUUAUUCUUCGAUUUCCGUUGCCAUAGGUGAUCUCAACAAGGACCAUCGAUUAGACAUUGUCGUCGUGAGCAAUGACACUGGUAGCAUAGACAUUCUGCUUGGUUAUUUUGAGGGUUUCUUAAGUCAAACAAACUAUCCAACUGGCUCUUCUCCAACAUCUGUAGCUGUUGGUGAUUUCAACAAUGACACUCGACUAGAUAUCGUUCUCACCAAUAGGGGUAGCAAUGAUGUGAGUGUCCUUCUUGGAUAUGCGAAUGGUUCUUUUGCAACAGAAACAAGAUAUUUAGUUGGCUCUUCACCGUACUCUGUAGCUGUUGGUGAUUUCAACAAUGACACUCGACUAGAUAUCAUUGUCGCCAAUUGGGGUAGCAGUGAUGUGAGUGCUCUUCUUGGAUAUGGAAAUGGUUCUUUUGCAGAAGAAACAAGAUAUUCAGUUGGCUCUUCACCAUACUAUGUAGCUGUUGGUGAUUUCAACAACGACACUCGACUAGAUAUCGUUGUCGCUAAUUGGGGUAGCAAUGAUGUGAGUGUCCUUCUUGGAUAUGGGAAUGUUUCUUUUGCAAAAGAAACAAGAUAUUCAGUUGGCCCUAUACCAUACUCUGUAGCUGUUGGUGAUUUCAACAACGACACUCGACUAGAUAUUAUUGUCACCAAUUCGAUUAGCAAUGAUGUGAGUGUCCUUCUUGGAUAUGGAAAUGGUUCUUUUGCAGAAGAAACAAGAUAUACAGUUGGCUCUUCUCCACAAUCUAUAGCUGUUGGCGAUUUCAACAACGAUACUCGACUAGAUAUUGUUGUUACCAAUUAUUGGACCAAUGAUGUGAGUGUCCUUCUUGGAUAUGGAAAUGGUUCUUUUGCAAAAGAAACAAGAUAUACAGUUGGCUCUUCUCCAACAUCUGUAGCUAUUGGUGAUUUCAACAACGAUACUCGACUAGAUAUCGUUGUCGCCAAUUGGGGUAGCAAUAAUGUGAGUGUCCUUCUUGGAUAUGCGAAUGGUUCUUUUGCAAAAGAAACAAGAUAUUUAGUUGGCUCUUAUACAAUAUCUGUAGCUGUUGGUGAUUUCAACAAUGACACUCGACUAGAUAUCGUUGUCGUCAAUUUUGGUAGCAGUGAUGUGAGUGUUCUCCUGCAAUAUAACAGAGGAGUGAUAGCAUAUGAAAUGGCCUAUGCAUCUGGCGGUGGAUCUACCCUACAAUGUGUAGUCAUUGGUGAUUUGAAUAACGACACUAAUGUGGAUAUCGUCUUAGCUAAUUACGGCACUAAUAAUAUAGGUGUCCUUUUUGGAUAUGGGAAUGGCAGUUUCGAAAAUCAAAUGAUGCUUAGCACUGGCAUAAAUUCUCAUCCGACUUCGAUUGCUAUUGGCGAUUUCAAUGGUGACAGUGUAGUAGACAUUGCUGUGGCCAGUUAUGGUACAAAGCAAGUAGGUAUGAUACUUGGAUACGGAAACGAAGCAUUUGCAAAUCAAACAAGUGAAGGGAUUGGUUUUGAUUUACGCCCGUUAGCUGUGGCUUCUGGUGAUUUUAAUAAUGACAAACGAUCAGAAAUCGCUAUCAUUUACGACAGAAGUGAUAAUGUGGAUAUCUUUGUUGCAUACAAUCGUGGUUGUUUUGCAAAAGAAACAAGAUAUUCAGUUGGCCCUCAUCCACAAUCUGUAGCUGUUGGUGAUUUCAACAAUGACACUCGACUAGAUAUCGUUGUCGCCAAUGGGGUUAGCAAUGAUAUGAGUGUCCUUCUUGGAUAUGGAAAUGGUUCUUUUGCAGAACAAACAAGAUAUUUAGUUGACCCUUCACCAUACUCUGUAGCUGUUGGUGAUUUCAACAAUGACACUCGACUAGAUAUUGUUGUCGCUAAUUGGUUCAGCGAUGAUGUGAGUGUUCUUCUUGGAUAUGGGAACGGUUCUUUUGCAAAACAAACAAAAUAUUUAGUUGGCUUUUAUCCAUAUUCUGUAGCUAUUGGUGAUUUCAACAACGAUACUCAACUAGAUAUCGUUGUCACCAAUGAGGGUAGCAAUGAUGUGAGUGUCCUUCUUGGAUAUGGGAAUGGUUCUUUUGAAAAACAAACGACAUAUUCAGUUGGCUCUUGGCCAAAAUCUGUAGCUGUUGGUGAUUUCAACAACGAUACUCGACUAGAUAUCGUUGUCGCCAAUUGGGGUAGUAAUAAUGUGAGUGUCCUUCUGGGAUAUGGGAAUGGUUCUUUUGGAAAACAAACGACAUAUUCAGUUGGCUCUUCACCAUGCUCUGUAGCUGUUGGUGAUUUCAACAAUGACACUCGACUAGAUAUCGUUGUCGCCAAUGAGGUUAGCAAUGAUGUGAGUGUCCUUCUUGGAUAUGGGAAUGUUUCUUUUGCAAAAGAAACAAGAUAUUCAGUUGGCUUUUAUCCAUAUUCUCUAGCUAUUGGUGAUUUCAACAACGAUACUCGACUAGAUAUCGUUGUCGCCAAUUCUUAUAGCGAUGAUGUGAGUGCUCUUCUUGGAUAUGGAAAUGGUUCUUUUGCAAAAGAAACAAGAUAUACAGUUGGCUCUUCUCCACAUUCUGUAGCUAUUGGUGAUUUCAACAAUGACACUCGACUAGAUAUGGUUGUCGCUAAUUAUUAUAGUAAUGAUGUCAGUGUCCUUCUUGGCUGUGACUAUUUAGUAUGGGUAAAGCAAAUGAUGCUCAUAACUGGAAGUGGUUCUCGACCUCAGUCGCUAGUGAUUAGUGAUUUUAAUAAUGAUGGUCUAAUGGAUAUCGGCGUCGUCCAUUCACUUACGCACAAUAUUGAUAUUUUUCUUGGAUAUGGUAAUAUAUCUUUUAUAUAUCAAGUGACACAUUCAACUACCCCAUAUUUAUAUCCAUGUUCAAUGGCUGUUGGUGAUUUCAACGAUGAUACUCGAGUAGAUAUCGUUUUUGGUAGCUGUGACUCGGAUACUCUUGGUGUUUUUCUUGGAUAUGGUAAUGGCUCUUUUGGAAAUCUAAUGGCGUAUCCAAUAGGUUCAAAUUCGUCUCGAUACUCUCUAGCUGUUGGUGACAUUAACAACGAUACUAUACAAGACAUUAUCGUCGCGAAUCAUGACAACAACAAUCUAGGUGUACUUAUUGGAUAUGGUGACGGCACAUUUGCAAGUACCAUCCUAUUAUCGUUGGACUAUGGAUCCAAUCCCUUCUGUAUUGUCGUUGGAGACUUCAACAAUGACAGAAAACUAGAUAUUGCCGUUGCCAAUAAUGGAACUGACAGUUUAAAUAUUCUCUUGCAGACUUGUUAGCCUUUUAUUUUGUACUUUAUAUUUUUCUAUUGCUCACUUCUUUAUAGAUUCGAAUCGAUUGUUAUUUAGUAUUAUAUAAGUUUGUAUAUACAGUAGUGGCCAAAAUUAUAAGAACAGCUAUUUCAUUGUAA